AAAAUAGUCACACAUCAAACUAAUAUAUUCAAAUUAAUCGAUGUAAUAUUGUGUCGCAGGUUAUAUUGUUUGAAAGAACAGAAUAUCGCAAUGAAACAUCUAUAUAUUUCGUUCUUGAUUUUGUUGUCACAAGUAUAUGGAACAUGUGGAGGGUGGUGGUUUUCUUCUAAUAAUGAAGAAACUCAUGACCCUUUAAAGACUCAGAUGAUUUCCAGUGCCGUUGGUGCUGAAUUUUCCAUUCAAACUCUAGAUAACGACGUAAAGGGAAUGAAUUUGGUCGAGAGUGCUAAAUUAGUUAUGCUUACAUCAAAAUCUUGCUCGUUGAAUGCGUAUCAAGAUUUAUCUGCAGGAUGUUCGAAGAUUGUUGCAGAGGAAGAAUUGAAGUAUAAACUGGCUUGGGAUCUCAGUGAUUGCUUUCAACAGCACACUGGACGGCCUGCCUUUCCUCUUUGUGAUUCAAGAAAAAAUCCCAUGAAGAAAUGCCUUCAGAAAUUGAGUGAUGAUUCACAUAAAGUUUUCUUAGAGUUUUUCCUUCAAAUUAAUACAAUCUGUCAUCAAUUACAGAUUCAUGCCUUCAAGCAUCAAACUGAGAGACUGGUAAACGAAUUGAAAAGAUCUGCAGAGUAUGCAGAAGAAAAACUCGAAGACAUUGAAGAACAAGGGAAGGAAUUAUUGCAAAACUCGUAUCAAAUUUAUAAUUCUUUGGCUUCCAUUGACAUCCAAACUCACCAGUUGGCAGAAACAUCGAAAAAUGUUGAAGAUCAUGUAAAUGUUGUGAAGAAGUACACAGAGGUAGUCCAUGAACAAUCGAAGGGAAUAGCAGCUUCGCAGUUAGAGUUAAGUGAAAGUCAAAAGAAAAUGAAAGAGAACCUGGAUGCAGGGAUAUCAAUGCUCCAUGAUUCAUAUGAUAAUUUGGGCAUUGAAAUAAAUAACUUAAGGGAUGAAACGGUAGAAAUAGAGAAGGAGAUUGGUAAAGUUGGAGAGGAAAUGUUUACGAAAAUGUCGACUCUGCAGAAUAAAGCUGACGAUAUUGAGAAUAUGACUGGAAAUUCAUUGGAUAAGCAAAAACAACUUUUGGAUGCUCAAACAGCAGCACUCGACGGUCUUCAGUUUCUUACUAAAUUUCAGUCUCAAGCACUUGAAGAGAACAGGGAUACCUUGCAACAAAUGGCUGAAUUUGGGAAGAACCAACAAGAGGAGCUUCUUCGACGGCAAGAGCAACUUCAACAGGCUCAUGAUCAUCUAGUUGCAAAUUCAAAGACAAUAUUAGCGGCUCAGGAAGCUUUUGAAUCGAAGCAAGCCAGCAUGUUCAUAGCAAUAGACAAGCUUUUUGCCUUGCAUAAUGCUUUGCUUCUUGAAUCUCGAGCAAUUAAAGCUUUCUUCUUUUAUUCAUUAAUAAUCCUCGUGCUCUACAUCUUUACCAGUAUGAAGCAAACGUACAAUGUACGACCCAGGCUCUACAUAGGAUUAUGUGUCACAUUUGUUAUCGAGUUAAUCAUACUUCGCCGUGCAACAUACGAUAUUGAACAAAUGGGAUGGAUAAUAACCUCUCUUAGGUCAAUUUUCCUGGUUCUAGCCGCAAUCCAACUUCUGUAUGCCAUUAACACAUACAGAGACUAUGAAAUGCUAAACCAUCAGAUGCUAUUAACACUAAUGGACAAGAUUAAUGGCUUGCAUGGCUUGCAAAGCAACGAAGAAUCGUUAUUGGACAUGGAUGAGGAGAGUGACGUCAACUGGUCUUUAUGGGUUGAUUGUGAGUUACCAGAAGAUGUAGACAAAUCAGAGGACCCUGACUUCGUGGUUGCAGAGGAAGGUAGAGAGUUUUCACUUGAAUCCAGUUCAGUUACAAAGAAGUACAAUCUUCGCAAUAGGCGUAAACAUUUAUAGGGUCUGCCUAACAAAAUUCAUUUUUUGGUCUAUUCUGAUGUUAUUUUUAAUCAUCAUUGGACCAUUGUAACCGUUCUGUAUCAACUAUCAACUCAGAUGUUGCAAGUC